UAGCCAAAAAUGCCAUAAAACACCGUUUCACUGACAACAGGCUGAAUUAAGAGUGUAAUAUUUAACCUAUUAUGAGGCUGCAGCCUGUGAGCAGCUGUCAGUGACGCGUUGUGACUUCACACCCAGGCUGGAGGAGGACGCCGCCGCUGCGCGCAGCUCUCUGACCGACUAGACUCGUCCUCUCAGCGGGCGCCAGGCAGCAGAAACGCCGGAGGGAUGGAGCCAGCGGGUGCGUACGGCGCCGCUAAGGCCGGGAGCUUCACCUUCGAUCCGGUCGCCUUCUUCACGUAUCCCCGCACCCUCCUCAGGCUGCUGUCGUGGGUUUUUUCCAUGGUGGUGUUCAGCUGCAUCGUGAACGAGGGCUACAUCAACAUCGGGAGCGAGCGUCUGCUCUGCGUCUUCAACAAUAACGCUGAUGCCUGUAACUAUGGCGUCACUGUGGGCGUGAUCUGUUUUCUUGGCAGCAUCUUUUUCUUGAUCCUGGACAUUUACUUUCCCUCCAUCAGCAAUGUCAAGGACAGAAGACGCGCCGUCAUGCUGGACCUCAUUUUCUCUGGAUUCGCCAGCUUCCUGUGGUUUGUUGGCUUCUGUUUUCUGGCCAAUCAGUGGCAGGCUACCUCUCCAGAAGAGCUGCCAUUGGCCCAGGGCUCUGACGCUGCCAGAGCCACCAUCGCUUUCUGCUUCUUCUCCAUCCUCACCUGGGCUGUCCUGACGCUGAGUGCACUGCGGCGCUUCUUGUCCGGCUCCAACACGAACUUGUUCACAUGGCAACACCUGGACCCCAUCCCCAGCAAUGCUCGAGCUACACCGUACCCCAUUGCUAAUGGCGCCACCAUAGUAACCACCAACCCCUAUCAAGCCCCGCCCUUCACUGAAACCCUGGACCCCCAAAAACUCACACAGCAGAGACCCAUGGCUCCAGCCUUCUAG